AUGGUCAAUAUUGUUCUAGUUCAACUUAAUAUUAGCCCUUCAUUGUUAUAUGAUCAAGGUUUAUCGCUAAUACGCAUGCAUUCUUUGUAUACAUGCAUUCUUUGUGUGUAUAAUCAAGUUACCAUUUGGAGCUCUUAUUCCAUUACUUCAAUGGAAACUUCUAUGGAACUUGACAUAUUUCACCAAAGCAAGUUAAAGGAUGCACGUCAAGGUGUGUCUCUUGAAGAGGCUUUAGUGAGAUCAAAGCUUUAUGCGGAUGUUGGAGCUGGUGUUGUUUUUAUAGAUGCACUUGGUCCCAUCGAAGAAAUGAAAGCUUUUUGUCAAGUUGCUCCACAUGUUCCUAAACUGGCGAACAUGCUUGAAGGAGGAGGAAUAACACCUAUAUUUAAUCCUCGUGAACUCAAUGAAGUUGGUUAUAAACUUGUUCUUUAUCCGCUUUCUUUGGUGGGGGUUUCAAUAAGAGCGAUUUUUCCGGUUCAGCGCGGCGGCGGUUGUGUUCAUCAUCUCCACGCUCGUGUAUCCUCCUCCUCCUCUUUUCCCUUCAAUUUUCAUCCUCAUUCGAUUUCUUCAUUCCAAACAAAAACUCAGAAAUCAGUACGCACAAUCACAGUAUCAUGUUCUUCAGGAAUUCGAGAAACAAACAAAUCGAAACUACUUCGUGAAAUACUCGAUUCACCAGGUGUUCAUCAAGGUCCUGCAUGUUUCGACGCUCUAAGUGCAAAUCUGGUUGAAUCAGCUGGUUUUCCGUUGUGUUUCACGAGCGGUUUCUCAAUCUCUGCUUCUCGAUUGGGAUUGCCUGAUACAGGUUUUUUGUCUUACGGUGAAAUGAUUGAUCAAGGUCGUCUUAUUACUCAAUCUGUUUCAAUUCCAGUUAUUGGUGAUGCUGAUAAUGGUUAUGGUAAUGCUAUGAAUGUUAAGAGAACUGUUAAGGGUUAUAUCAAUGCUGGUUUUGCUGGAAUCAUUCUCGAAGAUCAGGUAUCUCCAAAAGCAUGUGGUCACACACGUGGGAGGAAAGUGGUGUCGAGAGAAGAGGCGGUUAUGCGGAUCAAAGCUGCAGUUGAUGCCAGAAAUGAGAGUGGGUCUGAUAUUGUGAUUGUGGCUCGAACUGAUGCACGCCAAGCUCUGUCUCUUGAUGAGGCGCUCUUCAGGUCAAGGGCAUUUGCUGAUGCUGGAGCUGAUGUUGUUUUUAUAGAUGCACUCGCCUCCAAACAAGAGAUGGAAGCUUUUUGUCAAAUUUCUCCUCUUGUUCCAAAAAUGGCCAAUAUGCUUGAAGGAGGAGGCAAAACACCAAUACUCACUCCUCUUGAACUUGAAGACAUUGGUUAUAAACUUGUUGCCUAUCCCCUUUCCUUGAUUGGGGUUUCUAUACGAGCAAUGCAGGAUUCACUCACUGCUAUUAAAGGAGGUCGUAUUCCUCCUCCAGGAAGCAUGCCAUCUUUUGAAGAAAUUAAGGAUAUUUUAGGUUUCAACGCGUAUUAUGAAGAAGAGAAGCGUUAUACUACCAGUACCGAUCAGCUUCUUUCAAAGAGAGAGAGCAGUAGCCUAUACAGUGUACAACAGAGAGAGCAAGUUGAAACAGAGCAGACAAGUCAAACUGUCAAAGAUGCCAUUGUGGAAGUUAUAACACCUGAUGUGUACAAUAAAUAUGGUGCAGAUAGUUCAAGGGAACCUUUUUCUGGAAUCUGGUCUCGAACUUUGAGAAUAAAAAUUACUGGCAGAGAUGGACUCGAGAAACUUGAUCUUAGGAUUCCUGCUGGAUUUCUUGAUGGAAUCACAAACAUAGUUCCUGCUUUGGGUGGUGUAAACAUCAAAGAACUAUUGGAUAAUGCAGCUGAGGAAAUUGGAGGAAAACUGUUAGAUUUUAAUGACAGAAUGGGUGACAGGAUUCAAGUAUUUCUGGAGUGAUUCUGCAUUGCUUCAGUUUCUCAACUCCAAUGGAAAUUGAUAGUUGAUAUUGAUGAUCAAUGGAAGCUAUAAAGAUAAAAGCCUGAUCAUGGCACAACUGCAUGGUCCUUUUGCCCGUGUCGUCAGGAACUAGUGUAGUUUGAAAUAAAACUUGGAUUUAAUAUCCAAAGACUGUUAAUUCAGAAACUAGUAAAAAAUCCGAAAUAUCUUCAAACAAAACUUGAUAUAAGUGAGAAUUUUGUCUAUUUUUGGGAGAGUUUUCCAAAAUACUAUGGAGGGUUGCAUCAUCUUAAUGAGUAAAUAUUAUUUUAGAUUCAAAUGUAAGUGGUUAAGGACUACAUCAAAUAAAAAUAUGAUAAAUUUAAACAUAUAA